AUGAAGUUCGACAACGUGCUUUCAGAAAUAAACGGAUUUGGAAAAUUCCAAAUCGUGCUCUUCUUGAUUCAGACGAUCUCUCGAAUCACGAUGCCGUGUCACUUCCUGCUGAAUAACUUCAUGGCAGCUGUUCCCGCUCACCACUGUAACAUCGCUGCUCUGGAUGACGGCGGCGCCUUCGCGAAUCUGACCGUGGAACAGAAGCUGGCUGUCGGGGUUCCGACGGAGCCGGACGGGACUCCGAGCUCCUGCCGGAUGUUUUCGAAGCCCCAGUAUGAACAUCUGUCCGGCCGGAACAGCAGCGAGGACGCGUCUGCCGUCCAGUGUCGGGACGGAUGGGUGUAUGACAACAGCACCUUCAAAUCUACUUUGGCAACAGAGUGGGAUCUGGUGUGCAGCAGAAAGGGGAUGAACAAGGCCACAGCCACUGUUUUCUUUGUUGGUGUUAUGGUGGCUGCUCCUGUAUUUGGCUUUCUCAGCGACAGGUUCGGCCGGCGCCCGCUGCUCUUGGUGUCUUACUUGUCAUCGAUGCUGUUCGCAGUCUUAAGUUCACUGUCCACAUCUUAUAUAAUGUUUGUCAUCAUGAGAUUUUUUAUGGGGAUGUCGAUCUCCGGAGUCAGCAUCAUCACUACUGUUCUAAAUGUGGAAUGGGUCGACAUCAAACACAGGACCUUUGCUGGUGUGAUUACAAGCCUGGACUGGACAGUUGGAAACUGGAUCCUGGUUGGAAUGGCGUACUAUGUUAAUGAUUGGAGGAUGCUCACUCUGGCCGUGACCUCACCCCUCAUACUGUCCGUCAUUACUUGGAGGUGGCUUCCAGAGUCCGCACGGUGGCUCCUGGCAAACGGAAAGGCAGACGCUGCCCAUCACUACAUCAUGAAAUGUGCCGAGAUGAACAACAGGGCCAAGUGCAUGGCCGCCGUCACACCGAGGGCGUUACUGGAAUCUGCACAAGCUGAAACCGUCAAUAAGAAGUACACUGUCUUAGAUCUUUUCAAGACCCCCAAUAUCAGGAGGAUCGCUGUGUGCUCUGGGAUCGUGUGGUACGGAGUGGCAUUUACAUAUUAUGGGAUAAGUCUGAACAUCACUGGGUUUGGGUUGAACCUGUACCUCACGCAGUUAAUAUUUGCAUCCAUCGAGAUGCCAAUGAAGAUCGGUGUGUAUGUUUUCCUGGAGAAAGUUGGCAGACGGCCUGGUUUGGUGGGAGCUAUGCUGUUAACUGGUCUCUGUCUCUUCAUCAACAUAUUUGUUGCAAAAGAUAAGUGGCUCAUCCGCACUGUGGUGGCGGUCCUUGGGAAAGCUCUGUCAGAGGCCUCAUUCACAAUCAUGAUCCUCUUCACCACUGAGCUCUAUCCCACCGUCGUGAGACAGAACGGUUUAGGCUACACCUCGUUCAUCGCCCGGCUGGGCGUCUCCGUAUCGCCGCUCAUCAUGCUGCUGGAGGACCUGUGGCAUCUCCUCCCCGUGGUCAUUUACUGCGCGGUGGCGGUCGGAUCUGGUUUAGUGGCUUCGCUCCUGCCUGAAACACUGAACGCCAGACUGACGGAGUUCAUCGAGGAUGUUGAGAAACCAAGACGACGUUCCUAA